AAUGGCAUAUAUUGGGAUCUGGGUGAGUGAGGAUUGAAUUUGAAUCCUGUGGCUGAUAUAAACUGAUAAGGCGACUGUGUGUGUCGGAGACGAAGAAGAGCUAGCAAAAAAAGGUCAAAAGGGCUACCUGAAAAAUCUGAAAUGGAAGCGAUACUUCAGGUGCCGUAUGGGGCAACAGUGAAGCUGGCAUUGAGUUCGUUGGAGCGAAACCUUCUACCAGACGCCGUGAUAAGGAGGCUCACUCGCUUGCUCUUAGCCGCUCGUCUUCGCUCCGGCUAUAAGCCUUCCUCUGACCUCCAGUUCUCCCAACUCCUUCGAUUCGUACACUCUCUGAAAGAAUUGCCGAUAGCCGUAGAGACUGAUCAGCCAAAAGCUCAGCAUUAUGAAUUGCCAACAUCUUUUUUCAAGCUGGUGCUCGGGAAGAAUCUCAAGUACAGUUGCUGUUACUUUGAGGAAAAGUCGAGCACCUUAGAGGAUGCUGAGAAAGCAAUGAUGGAGCUUUACUGUGAGAGGGCCCAGAUAAAAGAUGGUCAAACCAUUCUGGAUAUUGGAUGUGGAUGGGGAUCGCUGUCUUUGUACAUUGCACAGAAGUAUAGGAACUGCAGGGUCACUGGGGUUUGCAAUUCAACAACACAGAAAGCUUUUAUAGAUGAGCAGUGUAGGGAUCUUAAACUACAGAAUGUGGAGAUUAUUGUCGCAGAUAUUAGCACAUUUGAAAUGGAAGCGACCUAUGACCGACUAAUUUCCAUUGAAAUGUUUGAGCAUAUGAAGAACUAUAAAGAUCUUCUCAAGAAGAUAUCAGGAUGGAUGAAGCAGGAUAGUCUCCUAUUUGUUCAUCAUUUCUGCCAUAAAGCAUUUGCUUACCACUUUGAGGAUGUAAGUGAGGAGGACUGGAUCACUAGGUACUUCUUCACUGGAGGUACAAUGCCUUCAGCAAAUCUCCUGCUUUAUUUCCAGGAUGAUGUUUCCGUUGUUAACCAUUGGCUUGUGAAUGGAAAGCAUUAUGCACAAACAAGUGAGGAGUGGCUCAAAAGAAUGGACCAAAGCUUAUCUUCUAUAAAACCAAUUAUGGAGUCUACUUAUGGCAAGGAUUCAGCAGUGAAGUGGACAGUCUACUGGAGAACUUUCUUUAUUGCUGUUGCAGAACUGUUUGGUUACAACAAUGGGGAAGAGUGGAUGGUUGCUCAUUUCCUAUUCAAAAAGAAAUGAAACAUGGAAAACUUCAUUUCAAUCCGAGGCAAUGUCAAUAUUGACUGUUAAAAAAUGAAUUACAGCCCGUCUUUGUUGUGGAGGGGAGCUGCUAGCAUUGGAAACUACAUGACUACUGGUUUUUAUAAUUUAUCUUCAAUGAAUCUAUUCUUUACUAUA